AUGACGGCACUCUGUCCCGUGCGCGCGCUCGUCGCGGCCCUCUCACUGCUACUGCUGUCUCCCGCACUGUCGAUCGCAUCGCCCACCGCGACCACAUUUUCGCUCACGAUGGACACUGUCGACAACGACACGUUUUGCGACGCGACGAAGCAGCUCAGCGGCUACUUCCACAUCACGGGGUCCAAGUCGAAGCACUACUUCUACUGGUUCUUCGAGUCGCGCAGGACGCCGCGCACCGAUCCGCUCGUUCUGUGGCUCACGGGCGGUCCCGGCUGCAGCUCCAUCUUGGCGCUCUUGCAGGAGAACGGCCCCUGCGCCGUGCACGCGGCCGACCUGUCGCUCGAGCGGAACCCGUUCUCGUGGACCGAGCGCGCGAACGUGCUGUGGAUCGACCAACCGGUCGGUGUGGGCUUUAGCUACGGAGACGUGCGCGAGUACGACACGACCGAGACAGAGGUGGCCAACGACAUGUUUGCGUUCUUGCAGGCGUUCUUUCAAGCCCGACCCGAGUACCAAGCGCAGCCGUUCUACGUCUUUGGCGAGAGCUAUGCCGGCCACUACGUGCCGGCGAUUGCGCACCGGAUCUUCACGGCCAAUGAGCACCAAGAAGGACCCGUGCGGAUCAACUUGCAGGGCUUUGGCAUUGGCAAUGGCCUCACGGACCCCGAGGUGCAGUACAAGUACUACCCCGAGAUGGCGUACAACAACACGUACGGUGUCAAGGCAGUCUCGUACGCUGUGUAUCGUGCCAUGCAAGCUGCCGUCGCGCCCUGUGUUGCCAUGAUCCGGAGCUGUCAAACCACCAAAGUCGCGUGCUUGGCGGCGCAGACGUUUUGCAAUGCAGCGCUCGUGGCGCCGUACGCGGCCUCGGGCUUGAACGUGUACGACAUUCGCGCCAAGUGUGAACAUUUCCCCAUGUGCUACGACUUUAGUCACGUGGAGAAGUUCCUGCGACUCGAGAGCACGUUAAAGAAGCUGCACGUGAGCCCGAACAGCGCCAAGUGGCAAAGCUGCAACAUGGCUGUCCACGCGGGCUUUUCGUACGACUGGAUGAAGAACUUUCAGCAGCUGGUGCCGCCGAUGCUGGAGGCCGGCAUUCGAGGGCUGGUCUAUGCUGGUGACGCUGAUUUCAUUGUGAACUGGAUGGGCUGCAAGGCCUGGACGCUGAUGCUGCCAUGGAGCAAGCACGACGAGUUUCUGGCUGCUGAAGACAAGGACUGGGUCGUGGACGGCAAAGUGGCUGGCAAGAUCCGUCAGGUCGGACCGUUUACCUUCCAGCAAGUGUACGAGGCUGGUCACAUGGUUCCUCUCGACCAGCCCAAGAAUGCGCUCGCCAUGCUCCAGGCUUUCACGUUGCCUGAGGAGCAACAGGGCGAGAAGGAAGCAGAGGUGACGGACUUUGCUGCGCAUCAGCAGUUGGACCAGCACGUCAUGAGGAAGGACGAGAGCGUCAUGAGCAUCAUGUAA